AUGGCAGCGCCGCCGCCCCACCGCCGCCGGCCCGCGAGGCCCCCGCGGCCCGUACGUCGUCGCCUCCCGGCCCGAUCGCCGCGUCUCCCGCGGCUCCUCCGCGCCGCCCGGCCGGAUCCGCCUAGCCGCCGGCCCAGCGCCGCCGCGAGCUCGUCGGCCGCCGCCCCUCUGCUCCGCCCGCGUCCACCGCCGACCGCCGUCCGCCGCAGUUCCCGCGCGCCGCCGCCCGCGCCGCCGCCCGUCCCCGCCGCGCCGCCCUCGACGCCGUGCUUCCCCUCGCUGGAUCCGGUCCCCUCCAAACCCGGCGACCUCCCUCGAGUCCUCUCCGGCGAGCUGCCCUGCCUCGGGUCUGCUGUCAGUAAGUUUGCAGAGAUGUCUGAACAAAGUGACAGUCAGAACAGGUCAGAGGAACAGGUGCAGAUGAGUGAGGGUUCGGAUCCCUCUAGCACUUCUGGUGAUGGCAGCAGGAGCACUCCAAGCAACUUGCCAAAGGCUGAAGAAGAGGAAGAUGAUUCACUUGUUUUGAGAAAGUUGAAGCCCAAGAUUCCUGACCACAAUGAUGCUCAUCCAGUGGCAGAAGACAUGCAUAUCAGGAAGGAUGCUGGACUGAGAUUGUGGAGACAAUCUGAUCCUUAUGCUGUGAGGAGAAGGACAACAGUUGAUUAUAGGUUUCACACAAAGGAACAACAAGACUUCUAUGACACUAUUUUGCUUGACAAGAAGCCCAAUGAGCUCAUCAACUCUAAGAUGGGCACAGGUACAUACUUGUUGGACAAGGAGCACCUUCCUCUGCAUCCUAAUUUUGAAGAUAAUACUGUUGUGAUGAAUGAGGAAGACCCCACAUCUGUGCAAGCACAGAAGAGGAGAGCCAAAGCAAAGGCUGAAAAAGCUGCCAAGAUGCCAAGUGUUGAAGAGGCAUCUCAAGUUUUCAUGAAGAGCAAGGAAGAUAAACUUGGAUAUCUGAUCCACAGUUGA